GGAUCCAGUCACAGGUUGGUUUUCACCCAGCGAGGAGCAACAUCGAGAGGUUCAAACUGGUCUACAAAGGGUCGAACAUGGCCGCAGGAAACAACCCCAGCUAAAGCAAAAUACAUCCAAAAGAGGAGUAAAUGCAAUAAGGAGAGCGUUAACCAGCAUCAUUUAGUGCAAUGGAUAAAGCACAGUUCACAGUUUGUGUUAACAACUGACACUGACUUGAAGAACCAGAACAAGACCUUUGGGAGCUUCAGGAAGAACUGUUAGAAGUGGUGAUCAUGUUCAGUGCCUAGACACAAACUCAAAGCAGUGGACAGCUGAGGACACAGCGGCAGCAUUCACCAUGAUCGACCUGAGUUUUCUGACGGAGGAGGAGCAGGAGACCAUCCUGGCUGUGCUGAAGAGAGAUGCUGAGCUGAAGAAGGCUGAGGAGCAGCGUGUUCAGAAGCUACAGAGGACUGUGAAUGACAAGAGCGUGCUGAGAUACAUGACUGGAGAAUGGUUCUACGAGACCAAGCAGCUGCGUCAUCAGGAUCGUAUCCAUGGCUCCGAGAUCAUCAGGGCCUCCAUGAGACACUCAUACAAACCACUGACUAUAUUGGAGCUCUCCCAGGUGUUGCCCGAGAAGCCCAGUUUUGUCAGCAGUGAAAACAAAGAAGUGUUCGUCCCACCUGUACUCUGUGGAGUCCUUCAGGAGCCUCACAUGCAGCUCAGCAAUCAAAGGUAUCAAAACCAGAAUCCAUAUGAAACACCACAGGAUACACCUCAACCAAUGUUACAGUCUCCCACAAAGCAAAGAAAAAACCCGUUCGACAGUGACACUGAGUUAUUGUACAGAGCAAUGGAUCAAACCCAAACACAGAAUGAGGAGCCUUUACCAUCAUCUGACAGCUGCAUUUCCUAUGUUAGUGACCUUAUUCAAGACCCUAAUGAUAGCCUGAUCGCCCAGAAUGCAUCAGUUCCUAUGCCAAUGCCCCAAAACAGAGAAGGCAGCACCAGUUCUCAAGACUGUUUUGUUGAGGAAGACAGGCCAGAAGGUCAGCUGACGAACUCUGCUGCUCCACGGAGCAUCCUCAAGCGCUUGUCCACUUCUAGCUCUACAGACUCCAUGUUCUCUCACCUGGACCUGCAGAGUCCAGUUAGCCUUGAUUCUCCCACUGACAGCUGGAUAGACAGGAAGCAGGUGAGGUUUAGCCCCAUGGUCAGCCAGACAGGAAAGGAGUGGCAAGAUGGGAGGGAGCUAGGAGAGCACAGUUUGCUGGAUGUUGACUCCCUCAAUCCCUUUGCUCCGGGAAAUAAUAGCUACCUUGAGAAUGCUGGCACUACCACUGUUGGCACACAAAGGCCUUCACUCUGUCAGAGUCAUGUGGAUUCACAGGAAGGUGAACUCAACUCCAAAAAUGAGGCAAACCUCCAAGAACAAGAAGGUGGCCAUCUCCAGGUGCUUGGUGAUGUCUCUGAGAAGUGUCAUUCAGAGUUCCUAAGCCCUGCAGUGCCUAGACUCGUUCCUGCUGAGCAAGAGUCAGGUAAGCCCGUUCACUUGGAGACAGAGCCUGCAGAGGAGCGUCACUCUCAGGCUGAGGCCACAGACUGGCCAGCUGGACACAACAUUCAUCACCAGGAGCUGCCUGAACAAAGACCUGACAUUUCUGUCAAGGCCACGUCAGGUAGCAAGCAGUCAGCUAAUGCCAGCUCAAAGAGUUCAUCUCAUGCUGUUUCACCAAAGCCUAGGCAAAGACUGCUUGGUAUUUUUAGAAGAGAGAAAGAAAAAACUGUUGAAGUACAGAAUCCACAAAAAGAAAAGGCGAAGAUACCUGAGCAAAAAGACCCAGGCUACACCUCGACUCUUUCUCAGGGUGCUGCAGAUAUGACCAUGGACAGGCCUGCAAGUGUCAGACCAGAAGCUAAACUCUCUGAGAUGACAGAGGUCAAAACACUACAACUAACAGCACUGCAGAACACCCCAUUUAAAGAAACAGUGGCCUCAGUAGAUGCAGAUACUCAGCAGGAAGCAACAGAAGGCAGAGUUGUUUCGCUUCCAGAAAGACUAUCCAACCUGAAAGCCUUCUGGGAGAGAGAAAACAGUGGUCCCAAAAUAAUAUUUACCAGAGAAGAGGCCAAACGCAAAGAUAUGGCCAAAACAGGAACAGAAGCUUCACAUGGCCGUCAGACUAGCUCUGAUAUGGAGAGCAUAAACAACAAUCUCUUAACUCAGAUGGAAAUGACAGCUGAGGAUACUGCUGGCAGGUCUCAGGAAAAUAUUUCAUCACCACAGACUGACUGUAGCCUCUCAGAUUUAUCUAAAGAAGAUGGCACAUAUAGGGCUAACCCAGUCCUCAUCUAUGACGAGACAGAUGACUCUUUAACAGAUUCAGUAACAGAGUCACAGAUUUCUGAGCCACAAGAAAACAUUAUCUCUCCUGUACCUUCCUCUGGAACCGUCAACACCCAGAAGCAAGAGAGGGAUAUACCAGUUCCCCCUCCCAGGCAGUCCUGUUCCAGUCCUCAAGAGGACAGGGCAGCCAAGAUCAGUGAGGUUAAGCAUUUCUGGGAGAAGGAAUAUGCAGGACCCAGGGUUAUCGCUGCAAGAGUCAAGGAAGCCUCACACAGUUCAGUACUCAGUAACAAAGUUUCCCCACAGUCUGAUGUGAAAGAGACCUCAGAUAACAGAGAGAAGUUGGAGGGAGAGGCACAAACAUCUCCAUACAGAACCAAGUCUAAUUUCUCAAAAUCACUGAAAGUGACAGACAAGGGUUUUGUCAGUCCAGAAAGGUCACAGCUGAGGAGUUCUGGUAGUGCUGGGGACAUACAGUCAACAUGUCACCAAUACCAAGUCAAAGCUGAUACAGAGUAUCAAGAGAGGCCUCUCAGUCCUAGUAAAUCCCCGACUCCACGAUCAAAAGACCAGGACGAUGAAGUCAGGAGGAGUCCUUCUAAGACCAUCCAUCCAAGGGUUCUACCUCGAGAAUCCUCCAGUCCUAAGAGAUCCACGCUUGAAGGCUCCCCCUUGAAAACCUUUCCAAUAGACAUUGACCCCCAAACUAAGGUUGUCGAAGAGCAACAAUGGAAGCCAAUACCAGUUCCAAGACAAAAGAAGAGUCCCUCACAUGAAGCAAAGCAGAAAGUGCUGAUAGACACCAAAACAGACAUCAUGUCUCGUCCUCUCCCCCCUCAUCCAGAAGACAGAAGGGCUUCUUUAGGCAAUUCAAAUACACAACAAAUUAGUUCAAGCUCCUCUACUUCACCACAGUCCAAAAAAGCUUCAGAGAAAAAGGUGGAGCCGUUUACACAGCUUGCCAGAUCUUUUAUCCCACAGGAUUAUCAACACUACCUCGGGCCACAGGAGAAGGCCCACGUCCCUCCCUUUUACCAAGAGAGAGUUGCUGCUGCAGAGAGUGAUACAGUGCGCACACCGCAAAAUACCCUCAAAGGGUUUGUGGGGAACCAGAAUGACAGUCUUACUGAGGGAAGUCCUCCUGGGGUCAGUCCUUGGUUUGUACAAAAAAAAGAUGGAAACUCCAGCCAAAAGACAACGACCAGGGCCUGGUCUCUGUCUCGGGCAAGUUCAGGCAGUCAUGAUGACAGUUCAAGUCCCGUCAUGUCAGCCCUUAAACGGCUAUCCUCGAGGCGCGUGUCCUCAUCCAAAAGUCUGGAAAACCUCACCUCAAAGACAAGAGAGGAGAGCAGCCAAAAUAACUCCAGAGAAGAAAUGAAUCAAAGUGUGGAGGACGUUUCUUCACCAUCAGCCAACUCAAAGCAGAUGAAAGCCAGCGUGUCAGUAAAUGUUCUUCACCAGGAUGAGACAGACAGUGACAGCACUUUUGAGACCAACUUGGGCUGGAGAAGAAACACGGGCAGCUCCAUGUCAAACUUAAGCCUCUCCUCGGGAAUGGCCUCCAUGUCAUCUGUCAGCGGCAGCAUGAGCAGCAUUUACCCUGCAGACUUUGGGGACAUUGAAGUCCAGGGAAGUAUCCAGUUUGCUGUCAACUACAUCCAGAAGCUUGGAGAGUUUCACAUAUUCGUGGUGCACUGCAGGGACCUGGCCGUGGCCGACACGAAGAAGAACUACUCUGACCCGUAUGUGAAAUGUUAUGUUGUUCCUGACAAAACAAAGUUGGGAAAGAGAAAAACCACUGUAAAAAAGAAGACUUUAAAUCCCAACUACAAUGAAAUCCUCAGGUUUAAAAUCAUGAUUGAAGUGUUGAAAACUCAGAAUCUGAAUAUCUCGGUGUGGCACCACAACACUUUUGGGCGGAACAGUUUCCUGGGUGAGGUGGACCUGGAUUUGUCGGAGUGGGACUUCAGCAACACAAGCAUAAAUGAAUACGCUCUAAAAUCCAGGGUUUCAGCACAAAGUCCAACAGCAUCUCCGUCACGUAUGAUGGACAGCAGAGGACAGAUGAGAGUUGCCCUGAGGUUCCUGCCGCAGACGUCUCACAGUAACAGAACAUCUAGGAUGGAGACUGGUGAAGUGCAAAUAUGGGUGAAAGACUGCAAGAGUCUUCCUCCAGUCAGAGGAGUUAUUAUCGACCCGUUUGUGAAAUGCACCGUACUUCCUGACACGAGCCGGAAAAGCCGACAGAAGACGCGGGUGGUGAAGAGGACGGCCAACCCGAUGUUCAACCACACCAUGGUGUAUGACGGCUUCCGAUCAGAGGACCUCAGAGAGGCCUGUGUGGAGAUCACAGUGUGGGAUCACGACCGCCUGAACAACCACUUCAUUGGCGGUCUGAGGCUUGGCUUAGGGACAGGGAAGAGUUAUGGGGUGGAAGUGGACUGGAUGGAUUCAACGACAGAUGAAGCAAAAUUGUGGCAGAGGAUGUUACAGUCUGAUGGUGACUGGGUGGAGGAUGUUUUACCUCUGAGAAUGUUUGUAAUGGCUAAAAGCAUGUCAAAGUGAGAGUGUAUGAAAUGUGUUGAUAAGUAUGUGGAAAUGUCCUGGGAGCGCACUGCAUAUACAUUUGGAUGAAUCUACAAACUACACUAUGAGUGGGAGCGGCAGCCUUGAUGAUCAAAGUGCACGUAUCUGUAUAACUGAUGAUCAUUGUAUAAUGAAUAAAUAUACAAGGUAUUUUAGUUUGUAUAACUCAAACCACAUGUUAAAUUUGUCAUCUGAAAAAGUUAAUUAUUUAUUAAAAUAUAUAUACAAAAUAGGGCAGAGGAUACAAUCUAAGUUACAAAACACAAAUCUGAGCACUUAUAAUUUGUAUAUAGUCCUUUUGUUCUUAAUGUGAUUACUGCAUCAAGCAAUUCUGUCUUUAAUAAACAGCAUAUUAAUGUGA